GAGAAGUUGUCUAGUCCCUCGCCCAGGAUAAACCCGGGCUGCAGCAUAUUCCAGUAGAAGUUCAACCUCGAGCUUUCACUUCGCAGAACCUUUCCAGCCGAGGGGCCGCAGUGCCGCGGGCAGCGGGAGCUGCCGGUGCGCGCCCUGACUGCACCCCGAAAGAGGAGGGCACGGGGAGAGGGGAGGCGACCCCGGUCCCGUCCCGUCCCGUCCUGUCCCGCCCCCGCGCCGGGCGAUGAAAAGGGGACGGGGCGGCGCGACCGGCACCGGCUGCCGCGGGACGGGGCGGAGAGGAGGCUGCCGCCGGUCCCCGCACCCAGCGCUGCCCGGGAGACCCGGCGGGACCCGACGGCACCCCCAGCACCGCCACGGAGCCCUCUCCUCCCCUCCCAGCGCCGCGGACCGGCCUCCAGGGAGCGGCGGCACCGCUGGCUCCGGGACCCUCCUCACCUCCCGGCGGCACCGAGGGCUUCGGGAUCCUCCGCACCAUCCAGCAGUCCAGACGGCCACCGGACCUUCCUCAUCACCCGGCAGCACUGAGGGCUCCGGGACCCUCCUCGCCGCCUGGCAGCUCCAGUAGCCGCGGCACCAUCCUCACCGCAUCCACCACAGCCCACGGGCCACUGGGGGCCAGGGCUUGAGGGCACCAUGACUGUGCUUAAGUUGUCCCUCAUGGCCUUCAGCUUCGUCUUCUGGGCAGCGGGGCUGACCAUGCUCAUCAUCGGUCUCUGGGCCAAGGUGUCUCUGGGGAGCUACCUGGCGCUGUCGGCCAACGACUACCCCAGCGCCCCUGCCAUCCUCUUGGCCACCGGCGCUGCUGUCAUCAUCUGGGGCUUCCUGGGCUGCUUCGGCACCGCCACAGAGCACCGGGGCCUCCUGCGUGCCUACAGCACCUUCCUGACUGCCGUGCUGGCGGCCGGGCUGACGGCGGGGCUCUCGGCCCUCCUCUACCGCCAGAACAUUGCCCAGGGUUUCCAAGAAGGGUUACACCAGGCCCUGCUCGCCUACGGGGAGGAUGAGGGGAUGGCGGACGCUCUAGAUGCUUUGCAGAGUGCCUUGUCUUGCUGUGGUGUGAAGAGCUACCGGGACUGGCUCACCUCGCCCUGGGGGCAGGGGCGAAAUGGCUCGGUGCCCCUCAGCUGCUGCCGGGCCCGCCGGGGCUGCCAGCCCAGCCCGCCCAACGUACACGGGCUGCACCGCGACGGUUGCUUCAGCAAGGUGUCGGCCUUCGUCAGCAGCAACAUGUUUUACGUUGCCACGGCUGCCCUGGGGUUGGCCCUGCUGCAGCUCAUCGGUAUUGUGCUGGCCUGCCUGCUGGCUGCCCGCAUCCCUGCCCACCGGCUGGGCAUCGCCACCCCUCGCUGACAUCCCCCCGGUCCUGCCCCUCAUCCCCUCCAGCUCCCUUCUUUCCCCCAGACCUGGGUGCACCCCAUUGGGAAAACCCUCCCUUCAUACUCCCCACUUCCACCUGAGCUUCCUCCUCCAGACUCCAUUCCUCCUCUGGAGCCUGUCUCAGGUGCAUCAACGCCACAGGCAUCUCCGCAGCCCCUCAGAGCUGGGAAGGUGCCUCCUGGCCUGGCCAUGCAGGGCAGCAGGUCCCCACAGCACCCCUUGGAGCCUCUGGACCGCAGAGAGUGGUGGCAGCAGGGACAGUCAUCGCCCUCCGGGGCAGUGGAGACAGCUGGGUCAAGGCUGACUGUUUUUCUGGGAGACAUAAAGAUCCCAAGGAUCUGAAAUGGGGGCCAGGAAAGAGCAGAGGGUCUGGGAGAGCAAGAGAGGUGUCUCUCAGUGUUACACCGGGUGAGUGUUCUUCUGAGACUGGAAAAUGAUGUUACUGGAAAAUUGCUGGAGUGCCCAAGGUCAGGUCUGGGCCGGGGACACCCAGGUAGCCAUGCCAACAGCUGCCAUCGGGGUCUGCCAUCGGGUCUGCCUGCAGUGUGCACCCCACCGCCGCAAAGGUUUCCUACCUUCAGGGUGAGCAGAUUCAAGCUGACUGGCUGCCACCGGUGCUUUUCCCGCUGUGGUGUUUCCCAUGCUGAUCUCCAUCUAAAGGUGGAGCUGCAGCUCCAAGUGCUGCUCCCUCCUUCAGGAGGUGCCCGUCCUCUCAGCCAGUGCUUUGCUGCUUGUGUCUUUGCAGGGAUGAGACCUUAAACUUGUGUCCCUGUCAUACAAGAAGGUGGCAAAAGCUGUAGGAUCAGACCUGACUAGGGGUGGCAAGAGGAGGGAAGGGCACGUUGCCCUUCAGAAGUUUCUUUUGGACUUUUGCUGUUAACUUCAGGGUGAGUGGAAAAGACUCUCUGUUUUAUAGGUUUUCUGAAAACCAGCCCUCAGACUCUUUGACAUUUUUAUUUUUUCAAAGGAUCUGUCUGUGAAGUGUGCCCUCACCUAUAGUUUUGAAGCCAGCUCUAUACAACCGGAGAGUAAAUAGAGGACCCCAGGACUUGCUCUGCAGCCCUGAGUGUGUGCAGGACGGACAGCAGUGUAAAUCUACAGGAUUUUUUUUCUCCCAACAGUUCUGGGCUUGCAUUUGGAGCUUUAGGAAAAAAGGCCCUGCACUUCAGAGGGUUCUGAAUUUUCAGAACUUUGCCCCUGCUUCUUCUCACUUCCUUAAAACCCACAAACUGGACUUUUGCAUGUUUCUCUGCCUCACAGCACAAAGACGUGCUGAAUACCCGCCUUGCCCAGCAAACUGGGGAGGGGAGGAUUUCAGAAAAGAGCCAAGAACCACAAAGGGACUCCAGGAUGUGGCGUCUUUUAGGAACGUGACUAGCAAAGCUGUGGAGAAUGGUCAAAUGACGACAAAUACGAGCAGGACAGGAAAUCUGGAAUGAAGAAGACGACUGAUAGCUUCAUGGGAGGAGCGGAGUUCCCCUGGGGGAAAGGGGACUAGCAGUGAAGCUCUGGUGCGCGGGCAAUGAAUGCAUGGGGUGAGGGGCGAGGAAGGCUGGGGUCAUUUUCUUCCUGGCUUGCCUUUACUACUUUUGACUACAUUUCUGGUUUUCUGUCUUCCUCCCACUGAAGACCUACUGCUUUGGCGACAAGGACGAGCCUCUCCUCCUGCUCAUUUUGGGAGCCGGAGCUGGUCCUGGUGAGAUGGGUGAAGGGAGAGCAAACCCAUCUCAGCCUCUCCAUGGGAAAACCAGGGCAUACGCAGAGCUCACUCUCCUCCCGCUGUUUAAAACCUCACAUUUUCUAUACCUAAAAGAACCCUGCCAUGGUAUCUCUGUGCUUUUCCCCUGCUGAAAAUGAGCUUCUAGGAUUUUGUUUGACAAUGCUCUGGGAGUGAAACUAGGGCAAAACGUGUAUUCACUUGGAAAGAUUCUGAUUUCAGGUAUCUUUACUCCUUUUAAUGGUCUAUACCAUUGAAAAAUACCUGGAAAUGCUACCACUUCCCUGUCUUUUGUGAUGAUGAAGACCCCCCUUUUUUUUCUCCCACCAGCCUUCUUUUUUUGGGAGAGUGAUUGCCCUAAUUCUAUGGUGAAUUUGUUCCUCCUGCAGGACUGUAACUAUUUCUGACCUGGGGACGGUGCUGCAAUUUGACCUGCUCAUACCAGCCCUUGACUUGUUGGACUGCCCUCAUAGAGGUGCAGUGUUCCUGCAGAGCAAAGCAGGUUUGUCCAGGGAACAAAAAGGGAAUUCCCCCAACUUAUAUUAACAGUUGGGCAAACCUGAUGGUAGUUGAGAAUGUAAAACAAACCCCAGACCAAAACAAGGCAAAUAGGCAUUUCCGUGGAAAAGUGACGUUUUACUCUUCAGAUACACAAAAUAAAGUUUAAAUGAAGUUUCAGCUGAGGACUGCUGAAUCCAGAAUGGUAUUUACAAGCGAAAAUCUACAAGGGCCAGCGGGUGUUAGUCCAGGCACACAAACGGAUUUUAGUGAAUUUAUACAAAUGGUCAUGGAAAUAAUUCCCACGGGGUCAGUUCUCUCAACCAAAGCUCAAAAGUGAAAAAAUAGAAACUGGGUUUUCCUUUUUGGAGAGCGAUUUUAGUCUGCAUGGAUGGAUCUUAGGAUUCUGAGUUAACAGUUAUGUUGUGCUUGGGUGUUAGCUGUGGCUUUAUCUUAACUGUCCCUGUGCUGAGGUAUUAGGUGGCUAUGGAAUCACGUUCCAGGUGAAGAGUGCGAUGUAAACAGGCUUCUCAGUCAUUUGACUGUUCUUCUGAAUAGAUGAACUUUGAAAAUGUGUUUGGAACCUGUCUUUACAGAGAAAACAACGCUUAAUUUUUUCUAGUGCUGAUGUUUAUUGUUUAUUGUUUUACAUAGUAUAAUUUUUUAUUUUUUUUGUAAAUAUCCCUGUUUUAACACCACUUUUUUGGAGUUAUGCACCCAGUGGAACUCCUGUUACUUUCUGGAAAUCAAUGUCAUGUUUUACCAUUUUAACAAAGGGCAAAAAGUAUAGUUUGUAUGGGGAAUGGUACUUCAGAAAUAAAGUUUAGCAAGUGCUACAGGCAAAACAGGUCACUGUUUUGAAUAAAGUUCAGUAUUUGUAUUUCUGUAUGUCUCCACAUGGGUCAACUUAGCGCAAGUGAAAUGAAGUGUGUAAUGAAAUGUAAAGACACAAGCAUAUUGUGUUUUUUUUUUAUUCAGAAGAUCCAUUAAAGAAGCAAUAAAACAAGCACUGCGGAGAGCGUGGGAAAGGGACAUGGAGCUGCGCUGGGUUUAUCACAACAGUUUUCUUUUUCUGAAUCAGUAAGCUCUGAAAACUUUCAAGAAUAUAGCAUUGCUCUUUUUUUUACUCCACUGAUUACUAAAAUUAUUUCUGAUCCUGACCCUGCUUACGUUAUAUGACACACAACAGUCAGUCAGAAUGAAGGAUGCUGUUGAAACUCAUUCAGCCAAAAAUCUCGUGUAGAUACUCACUUCAGUUGAUUUUUUUAUGUGUUUAAGUUGCUAGGAAUACCAAAAUAGAAAUGAUUUGACAAGUGUAGCAGUGCAUGUUUGCGUGGUGGCCAGGCCUGAAUCCCAGGACAUCAACUUAAUGUAAUGAAUAAUUCAAAAUGUAAACCAUCACUCUGCACUCUUGGCCUACGCUCACUGAAACAGGAUAAACCUUGGCAAUGAACACGUACAUGUUAAGUAUACUUCUGUCACUGAAUAUUUCACAGACUGGCUGUGAGUUUUAGUUGAAUGUUGAUUAUUAGUUCCUCCAAUAACAACUAACAACAUGAACUUUUGUAGAUGUAUGUAAGAAAUGUCAUUCUUCUCUAAUUAAUUCCCAGACUAUCAGAUUCAUAGAAUCAUAGAAUCAUGGAAUGUGUUGGGUUGGAAGGGACCUUUAAAGGUCAUCUAGUCCAACCGCCCUGCAGUAAGCAGGGACAUCUUCAACUAGAUCAGGUUGCUCAGAGCCUCAUCAAGCCUGGCUUUGAAUGUUUCCAGGGAUGGGGCCUCCACCACCUCUCUGGGCAACCUGUUCCAGUGCCCCACCACCCUCACAGUAAAGAAUUUCUUCCUAAUGUCUAAUCUAAACCUACUCUGCUCUAGUUUAACCCUUGUCCUAUCGCUACAUGCCCUUGCAAACAGCCCCUCCCCAGCUUUGUUGUAAGGUCUCCCCGGAGCCUUCUCUUCUCCAGGCUGAACAACCCAAAUUCUCUCAGCCUGUCUUCACAGGACAGGUGCUCCAGCCCUCGGAUCAUCUUUGUGGCCUCCUCUGGAUUUGCUCCAA